AUGACAAAAGCGAAAAAGAAGGCAGUUUCAGAAGGUCCAGAAGAAUAUACAGGAACCAGGCGAUACUCUCUUUGGAAUAUUUGGGUAAUCACCUUAUGCUUAAAAGUGCUUCUUACAGUAGGAUAUCAUUCCACGGACUUUGAGGUACACAGGAAUUGGUUAGCUAUAACAUAUAAUUUGCCACUAGCUAAAUGGUAUAUAGAGAACAAAUCACAGUGGACUCUCGAUUAUCCUCCUUUUUUUGCAUAUUUUGAAUGGAUUCUUUCACACAUGGUGCCUCAGAUUGUCAAAGAUGAUGGCUGUUUAGAUCUCGUAAAGGAUGGUGCUUAUGGACUUCCAACAAUUUUUUAUCAGAGGGCUACAGUGAUUCUUAGUGAGGUUGUUUUAUUUGCUGCAUUACAAUGGUAUAUCGAUACUUCGCCUCCAGGAAACGCAACUAGAAGAGCCUAUGUGACGGCAUCCAGUUUGGUAUUUUCACCAGGUUUAUUAAUUAUUGAUCACAUGCAUUUCCAAUAUAAUGGAAUGCUAUUCGGGCUUCUUGUACUAAUGAUAAAUUGUGCUAGACUAGAAAAGUACUUGAUGUGUGGAUUUUGGUUCUCUUUAUUGCUCUGUUUCAAGCAUAUUUACUUGUACCUUGCUCCAGCAGUAUUUGUAUUCUUAUUGAGAGGUUAUUGCUUGAAUCUCACUGUCUCUGGAGACAUGAACUUAGUGAACAAAAUACUUGGGCUAGUUAGAUGGAGGAAUCUUCUUAAGUUGGGAUCUGUUGUAAUAAGUGUAUUUUUGGUUGCAUUUCUUCCCUUCGUAGUGAAUUGGGUUAUCCCUGAACUCAUGGGAAGACUUUUCCCAUUUAACAGAGGGUUGACACAUGCAUAUUGGGCCCCAAACAUUUGGGCGAUUUAUUCAUUCUGUGAUCGAUUGUUGAUUCAAGUUUAUCACAGAGUUCCUUUGUCACAGUUGUUUUUGGAAGGUGUUUUUAAAGUCAACCCAAGUGCACUAUCAGAUACGAGAUCCCUUCUGUCUUUGACUAGAGGGAUCGUUGGGGACACAGAAUUUUCGAUCUUACCAACCAUUACACCACAAUUAACUUUUUUUUUGACCGCUUUCUAUCAAGUCAUGUCAUUAAUACCGCUAUUUUUGCAACCUAAUUUCAACAGAUUCGUAGGUGCAUUGACAUUAUGCGGGUUUGCAUCAUUCCUUUUCGGAUGGCAUGUUCAUGAGAAGGCAAUUUUAUUAGUUAUCUUCCCCAUGAGUUUUAUUGUUUCUAACGACAAGACUCUUCUUGGCCCAUUUAAUCUAUUAGUGAGUUGCGCUUAUGUAUCGCUUUUCCCAUUGAUAAUUAAUCCUGAAGAAUGGGUAGUUAAGGUAGUUUAUACAGCCUUGUGGUAUAUUAUAUAUUACUUCAACUUUCGUCGAAUUGUGAGACUUUCCAAGCAUUUUCUUGGACAAGGGGAAAUAAUUUUGGAUAGAGUCACUAAUGGUUACAUAUUGGGCUUGAUUCCUUUAAUUGCAAUUACGAGUCUCUUUGAUCUAUUCGAGGGAAAGUUUGAAAUAUUGACCAGAUAUCUGUUUUUAAAACUAAUAUUUUACAGUGUUUAUUGCGGCAUAGGAAUAAUUAGCAGUUGGAACGGCUUUAGUUGGUUAUAUUUCGUUAAUGAGUCAAUUUGGACAGAUGAAGCUAGCCGUCCGAAUUAA